AUGGAAGAUCCUCCUAACCAUGUCGAUCAUGUGAUAAUGGAUCGUAUUCAUGGUUCGAUGAUAGGAAUGGCAUUGGGCGAUGCUGUUGGUGCUCAUGUCGAAUUUCGACCUCGACAGUACCUCGUUCAAAAUCCAGUAACUGAACUAGAAGGUGGCGGCACAUGGGGUCUUAAAAAAGGACAGGUAAUCUUCUACUCUGAUCAAUUUUUUCUCUUUUCUUUAAUUAACCUUUGGAAAUGUUCAAACCAAGACUAA